CCAAGUCUGACGCAAGUGGGCGUGUCGUGUGUAUAUAACGGCAUCGUUUGUGUAAAAGAGAAAUACAGAAACAUGUCGUCCGUCGAUUUGACCAAGCUAGGAGCCAAUCAGCUAAAAAACACCACGUCUGGAGAGAUGGUGGAGGUGGGCUCUCUUUGGCGGGAACAGACGGUGGUCCUCUUCUUCCUCCGGAGGUUUGGAUGUCAGGUGUGUCGGUGGUUGGCCGCUGAGGUCAGUAAACUAGAGAAGGACCUGAAAGCGAACGGUGUUGCUCUGGUUGGUGUUGGACCUGAAGUCUUAGGAGUGAAGGAGUUUAAGGAUGGAGGAUUUUUAAAGGGUGAAAUUUACAUCGAUGAGAAGAAACAAUGCUACAAAGAUUUAGGCUUUAAAAGGUACAAUGCCAUAAAUAUAGUUCCCGCUGCAAUGGGAAAGAAAGUACGAGAAAUUGCCUCAAAGGCCAGUGCUGAAGGAAUUCAAGGAAACUUUAGCGGGGAUCUUUUGCAGAGCGGUGGCAUGCUCAUAGUCGCUAAAGGUGGAGAGAAGGUUCUGAUGCAUUUUGUCCAGAAUACGCCAGGAGACAAUGCAUCGCUUGAAGACAUCGCCAAAGCUCUCGGGAUUUCAGUCAGUGUUCAGGCUGGUGAGAGACCACAGUGUAAUGAAGAUGUUUGCACGGGUGAUGACAGAAGAACUUAACAUUAUGAUGGAUGAAGAUCAAGAUCUGCUGAUGAAGAUGAAUGCAUUCUUUUAAAUCUAAUACUUAUCGACUGUAAAUUUGCAUUUUGAAAAUGUAACUAUUUAAGAUUUUGAUGUAUUGAUUAUUUUUGAAUGUAUUGAUUAUGAACCUCAUGAAUUAGUGUUUGUUAGUAAUUAAGCUCUGGCGCUUGCUGUGUUAUGAGAGCUUGUGUGAUUUAACACUGAUCUGCCUUGAUCUUCAAACUCCUGACAAAUGUACUGAAACUGCUUUAAGAUGUUAUUAAUCACUGAAACAGGUUUACAUGCGUGUAUUUUGUCAUAAACUGUGUAUGUGCCGGAGUUUAGAUGCUCUGUUUUAAUUCCAUUUUUUUCAUUAUGAUUUUCUGAUCAUUUCCAAACUGAAGAUGUGACAUUUUGACGUAUGCAUGAUUUAAAAAAAUAUAUAUUAAUAUUAUC